GAGCGCCUUCUGGCGGAGUCACCGCGAGCCGUUAUUAGCUGGAGACGUUAGUCGGGUUCACGGAGAGGGAGCGGGGAAGCGUUCACAGAAAUGCACUGGCAAAUGUCUUGAGAUCGAUCAGAUAAUUAUCUGUCAGCGGUUACACUAGUGUUUUGCACACAAACCGCCAGACAAACACUCUCGAAAGUCAGAGGAAAGAGCUGUUUGUCGUGGUUUUCUCCAGACAGGUCUGUGAUGGUCAAACAUGAGCGGUGAGCGUCAGAAGCGCCGGGAGAAGAUCCAGAGAGCACUGAGCUUCAUCAAGUGUUCUCUGCCUUAUCCGGAUCCUGAAGGCUAUGAGGGGUUUGUGGUUCAGCUGGUGUGUGAUCUCUUAGAAGAGGGCAAUGCCUCGUUUCGAGAGGGCGACUGGACGCAGGCGCGGGGUCACUUCAGCGAGGCCGUCAAUGUGGCGCUGUACGCUGAAGCCGAGGGGCUGAAGGUUCCCGCCGCCCUGCUGGAGAGUCUGUACAUCAACCGCGCAGCCGUGCAUCAGAACAUGGGCGAGUUUGACAGCGGUGUGAAGGACUGUGAUCUGGCUCUGGAGGUGUGUAAGGACAGCACUAAAGCGUUAUAUCGUAAAGCCGUGUGUCUGAAGGAGUCUGGGAAGCUGAGAGAGGCGUAUGAGUGCAGCACUGCGUGUCUGCUGGCCUCACCGCAGGAUCAGACGGUCAGUAAUUUGUCCAAGGAGAUCGCAGCCAGUCUGGGCUUGAAAAACAGAAAAGCGUACAUCAGUUCACACAGGGAGAAAGCAGCAGGAUCUGAGGAUGACUGUGGCACGCCAGCACCUCUAGAUGAGGUUUCUUCUGUUGGGCUGGAGGAAGUGACUGACCCUGCAGCUGACUCUGAUUGGCCGUCUCCUGUCUUGCCCGCGCCGGUCCCUGUGAGCGACUCCCAUGAGGCCCUGGGUCAGUCCGGAGCCGUGCCGCUCUCAGUGCCCGUGUCUCAGUCGCUGGAGGACAGUGAGCUGAUGGGAGACGAGCUGGACAGUCUGCUGGACUGCAUGUCUAAAGAGGAAGACGCAUCGCAGAGUGGAGUGGUUCCCAGCUCUCUGCUGUGCUUCCCGUCUCCUCGUCUUCCUCCAGCCUUCUUCUCCUCCUUCGGGAGUCAGCUGAACUCUCUGGACUCCUUCACUAAAGCUGAGCUGAGCCCCAACUCUUCCAGCGGUGAUCUGGACGCGCUGGACUUCAUCUGUCCGUCCCCCGUGUCCCCGCAGCGCCCUCUGGUGGUGGGAGGAGACGCGCUCGACUCACUGUCUGAAUUCAGUCUGCCAGGUGGGAAAGACUGUCGUAGUUUUCUGCCGUCGGUCAAACUGACAGGUUCUCCUCAUACGAGGAAUGGUCACGUGAUCUCGACUCUGUCCAGGCUGUCGAAGAACCCGCUGGAGCACACGCAUGAUUUCACUCAAGCCUGCAGCAGCUGCUUCACCAGUACAGGUCCAGGUGUGCUGGAUUUUGAGCUGAGGUCUGAUGUGACUCACAGAUGUAAGAAGGAUCUUCUGCUGUGCAGGAGAAGGGGCGGAGCUAGCUCUCCCUGGAGGCGGAUCCGGCCCCGCCCAACUCGCAACAACUUCCAGGCGUCCUUCGUGCUCUGCAGAGAGGUGUUGGAGAGUCAAGUGUGUAAGUACGGUGAGGGAUGCACGUUUGCAUAUUGUCAAGAAGAGAUAGACGUGUGGACGCAGGAGAGGCGUGGCUUACUGGUCAGAGAGCUGCUCUUCAAUCCGCUCUCGACCAAUGAGAGUCAAGCACUCAGCGUCAUCGAGCUGCUGAACAUACACUCGGGCAUGUUCAUGUUCCUCUGUGAGGCCUGUUUUGACUGCAAACCCAGAAUGAUCAGCAAACGCUGGAAGGAGAAUCCGGCUCUGUGUGCCAACGCACCGACACCGCAUCCGUUUGAUAAGAAGAAGUGUCUGGUUCAUGUGGUGAAGAGCAGCGCUGUGAGCUACAGUAAGAUCCGAGCGCUGAGCUCCCGCUGUCAGUUCGAUGUGUGUCGUCAAGAGCUGGCUUUGGCCUGUAAGAAGAAGGACUGCUGCUACGCUCACUCGCUCAUGGAGCUGCAGAUCUGGAUCCUGCAGAGAGACACAGGAAUCAGUCAUGAAGACAUCGUGCAGGAGUCCAAAAAACACUGGAACAAACAGCGUCCUGCGGUCGUGGCUUCACACUCACCGAACAAAAUCACUGCUGCUAAAUCAAAGAGUCCAAGCAGAGCCGAGGAGACGAAUGGGAAGACGGGUCCCGUGCAGGGAACAGGAAGUGCUGAGGUCAAAGGUCACGGGCUGGAGCUGAUGAUGAAGUUUGUGUGCGGUCAGUGCUGGAAAGAUGGGCUGCUCAGUGAACCGGACCGAGCUCUGAAAUAUUGCACUGCUAAAGCUAGACACAGCUGGACCAAAGAAAGGAGGGUUUUACUGGUCAAAUCUCAUGAGAGGAAGAAGUGGGUCGCAGUGCGACCUUUGCCUUUCGCCAAGACCUUUCCUCAACAAUACGAUAUCUGUGUCCACGUGCUGAAGCAGCGUAAAUGUCACUACAUCGGGAACUGUAGUUUCGCUCACAGUCAGGAGGAGAAGGAUCUGUGGACGUACAUGAAGAACAACGGCUUCAGAGACAUCCAGCAGGUGUUUGACGUCUGGUUCUCCACCUCCAAUCAGAACCGAGCAUUUGACUGCACCUCACCAUCUCAGCCAAUGGAAGAGAAGCAGAUCACCAUGCCGACAGACUUCGCUGAAGCCAUGGACUACUUCUACUGUCCUCUGUGUGGGAAACACAGUAACAGUGAUCGGCAGUGGCAGCAGCACAUCUCCUCAGAGAAACACAAGCACCGAGUGUUCAGCGGAGAGGGAGAGGACGAGAGCCUGGCCUGGUCCCAUCGCUUCCCUGGACCCUGCUUCUCCAUCUGUCCCAGGUUGGAUGAGGGCUGUGCUGAUGGAGCGAGCUGUGACUUCGCUCACAGUGAGGAGGAGCUUCAGGAGUGGUGCAGACGGAGGGACUUCCUGCGCAGGAUGUUGGACAAGGCCAGAGCCGACAUGCUGAUCUCUCCAACCGACAACAACUUCGGGAUCUACAACUUCCUGCUUCAGGACUGAACACACAGGCUCACACUUGUACUGUGUCUGUGAGAGUUGGAUCAGGUGAGAGUUAGCGCAGGUCCUGACGAGUGUUCACGUGUUUUAAUGAAGCGGAAAGAUGUCACACCUCCAGAACACAUCUCAUGUUUGAUGAAGGAUCUGUUACUUCAUGUUCCUUAAAAAGAGAAUAAAUGUUGUUAAUACUCUGAAUAAAAGUAACUUUGUUUUACCUUUA